GUAAGGUAUAUAAAAACCCGCAAUUGGCGCCCUCCUCCCCAGAAGCCCCAAAUUCGCUCGCCUCUCUCUUUCUCUCUCAAUCAAAACCAUGGGGGACCGCCGACUCGAAGUCACCAGAUCCAAUUUCAAGUCCCUCGCCGGACCGAAGAAACUCCGAGAUAUGAAGAAAACGGCUGUUAAAGACUCUCCAACUCAACUCAAAAAUGAAAAUGUUGUUCAAGAGGGUAUGGCUCAACUCCAACUUAACGAGGAGAAUACUACUACAACAAAACCAGAAGAGAGGAAAAUGUACAGAGCAGUCGUAUUUACUAGACCUUUCAAAUUCACAAUCCCUUGUAAAGUUUGCGGGGUGGUUGGCCACUUUAAUGAUGAUUGCCCCUACAUGAUACGUGUUCCAAACAAUGUAACUGAGGUUGGCAAGGGCUAUGAAAUAGUUACCUUCCGUGGUAAGAGGCAUGCUGAAAGUAUGCUAUGUGGUUAUUGUCAUAUCGGUGCUGACCAUCAGAACGAUGACUGCCCGCAUAAGAGCAAAAUCAUUGCACGAAGAAACUCCCUUCGGAAGGCCCCUCCUGCAGGUCCUCUCACCUCCUGAUCUUGCUGAUGCUCAGGAUUGGGAUGCUGCUGCUGUUGGAUGAUUAUAUCUAGUCUUGUUUUGGAAUGUUGCAGUCCUCCGUAUUUUUGUUGGGUUCGAGCACUCUGUAGUCGGUCUGUAUGUACGUAUGUCAUGUAUGUCUUUGAACAAGCACGUUCCGUCUGCCGUCAUUCUAAUGUUAGUUUUAUUCACUA